CCAAAGGGGCCAGUCGGAUUGGAAGGACCCAAAGGGGAUCCUGGCCCAGCAGGGUACCCUGGAGAAAAAGGAGAGCCAGGGCUGCAAGGAAUUAAAGGAGAGCCGGGUGGAGAAGGCCCAGAAGGCAGCACAGGUCCACCUGGUCCGUCCGGACCAACUGGGCCAGUUGGAAAGCCUGGAGAUACAGGAUUACCUGGAAGCCCAGGAGCUGAAGGGCAGGCAGGUGUACAAGGGAGUCCAGGAACUCCUGGAGAGAAAGGCGACAUAGGUCCGAAGGGAGCUGUUGGUGACACAGGGCCUGUGGGACCACCAGGGCCGCCGGGCAUCGAAGGUCAACGAGGUAUCAGGGGAACUCCAGGUGCAAAUGGUGAAGUAGGUGCACCAGGUGUAAUGGGGCCAGCAGGGCCUCCGGGAAAAUCUGGCCCAUCUGGUGCGCCUGGCAUUAGGGGUGACAAAGGAAACAGGGGCCCGAAAGGUCACAUCGGUGAAACUGGGUCAAUGGGUGUGAAAGGAGAUCAGGGCGAACAAGGCGUUCAAGGACCUCCAGGUCCUAUUGGCCCGCCGGGA